GCCACCAGAUCUCUGGGAGGGAAUUGCAGGCAGAAUAAAACUGCACACACACAAACUUGUAUCAUGCUGUACAUCAUUCUCAGCUUCUGAAAACUGUUCAAAACAGCAGCGAGAGCAGGACCAAUAGAGACACCUAUACUGAACACUGCACUUCAGCCAACGCUCGCUAUUUAACCAGCUGUAUAAUAGAACAGUUCAUUCACUGCGCUCUCUCUCUCUCUCUCUCAAUGGCUUACUCUUUCCCUCCAGCUCUCAUUGCCUCUUAUGCCCUGGAUAUAAUACAGGAUUUACAAUAAAUUCCCCAUCAUGUAUCACAGGUGAGAGGAUCUUCUUACAGGAAUCCAGAGGUUAAAAAGGUCUAUUGAUGGGCUGUAAUGUAUGGAUGUCUGUGAAUCAAGAAAAGAUAAAACUGUGGGAUCUCUUCUCUAUAGACUAAUCCAGUCUCACAUACAGUAUAUGAAUGGUGAUGCUACAGAAGGACAACGGAAGUAAGGACUUGGUACAAUUGUAGGACUUCACGAAGAAAAAAUAAUCUGGUGGCGUAAAAUCAGAAACUUUAUAACUGUGUUAUCCAGAGUAAUACAUCAUAGGUCAAGAGAUGCCAUGGAGGAUGAAUAACAUUACCUCUUUCUUUACCACCUUCAGAUCUCCUUCUGUGCUGUAGAGAACGAUGGGUCUGUCAUCAUCAACAAUGGAGAGUAAUUGAGGAAAUGCAACAAAUUAUCAUGAUGGUUCUCUGCGUAAUGAUGAUAUUAUUAUUUUAAACUUCAACUCAUUGAUAGUGUUGGUCAACUUUCACACAAUCCUACAGCACUAGAUGAUACCUAUACAUUGGUGACAAGUGACAAUGAUUUAGGCCUUCACAAUUUACCCACAGGUCACAAGAAAAAGUGAUUGUUACCUGAAGUUCCAAAUUGGAGGAAUCGGUUCCUUCAGCAAUCACCUAAGAUGCUCUGUGAUAACUAUACUGUACAAGUCCUGUAUAUGUAGUGUUGCCCUGAACUAACACUCUGCUAUUAAGGUCUAAAGGAUGGCGUUUAAAUUUAAUGUGGAAUGAGUUCAAAUAUUCCCUGAAACUAUGGAAAGCCCUGGUUGCAGAAGUUAUGGACCAGCUAAUCUCACCAUCUACAGGGUCAAACUGAAUAGCUCCAACUCCAGCUCUGAGUUCAUUGGUGUCCAGCUGAUACAGUCCUACAAACUGCUCAUCAUACCAUGCUAUACUCUGGUGGUACUGAUUGGCAUAUUUGGGAACUACCUUCUACUGUACGUCAUCUGGAGAACCAAGAAGAUGCACAAUGUCACUAAUUUCUUUAUUGGAAACUUGGCUUUCUCUGACAUGCUCAUGUGUGCAACCUGUGUGCCCUUCACUCUCGCCUAUGCUUUCAACUCCCAGGGUUGGGUUUUCGGAAAAUUCAUGUGUUACUUUGUGUUUCUGAUACAGCCGGUAACCGUUUAUGUGUCCGUUUUCACCUUGACGGCCAUUGCUGUGGACAGGUACCAUGCAACAGUGCACCCUUUGAAGAAAAGAGUAUCUGUAACCACCUGCAUCUACAUCCUGGUGGGCAUCUGGUUAUUGUCCUUUGCGUUGGUUGGUCCAGCUAUUGCUCAUACUUACCAUAUAGAGUUUCAACAGCAAGGGUUUGCCAUCUGCGAAGAAUUUUGGUUUGACAAAACAGAAAGGCUAGCUUAUGCCUACAGCACCCUGAUCAUUACCUAUAUCCUCCCCUUGUCUGCAGUAUCACUGUCCUAUUUUUGCAUCACUGUUAAGCUGAAGAAUAGAGUGGUCCCUGGCCACCCCACAGAGAGCCAGGCAGAGUUUGACAGAUUGCGGAAAAGGAAGAUAUUCAGACUCAUUGUGCUGGUGGUGACGGCCUUUGGGAUCUGCUGGCUUCCCAUUCACGUCUUCAACAUCAUACGGGACAUUGACAUCAACCUUAUCAACAAGCACUAUUUCCUCCUCAUUCAGCUGCUCUGUCACUGGUUUGCGAUGAGUUCCUCCUGCUGCAACCCAUUCCUAUACGCUUGGCUUCAUGAUCGAUUCCGCAGUGAGCUAAAGAAAAUGUUUACCUUUAAACGCAAAAUCAUUCCCACUAACAACUGCGUGGCAGUAAGCAGGGCUGGACUGGCCAUCUGGUACUUCUGGCAAAUGCCAGAUGGGCCGAUGGUCUGAUGGGCUGGCCUCAGGAGUGGAUUGGCCAUUGUCUUCACUUUGGGGGCUUAAACCUGUUAUAUAUAUUAUUAAAAGGGUCCUAUCGCUAACCUGUUGGCUUGUCUCCUUCUCUGGAAUCAGCCACCUUGUAAUAGCGUGCAGAUUGCCUCCCCUUCCUGCUACUCACUUCCAACUAUCUCCGCAGCCAGUCCCGUGAUGGUGAUGUGUGCACUGCCGUGGAAAGAAAGGGUCCAAAUAUCUCCACCCCCACCCCCUCCUCUCUGCAAUGUGUGCACUCAAACUAGCAUCCGAAUCCCCCACACACACACACGCAUGAGCAAUGUGUGCACACUCACUGCACAACUCGCUGCACCAUUCAUUUUGUGCAAGAUUCCACCUCAUUCACCCCCAAAAUGAGCUUCAUGUGGAAAUAACCUCUAACAUACUAUUCCUGACAUCAUGUGCUGAUACUUGUCAAGAAUCCACAAGUGAGCCAGCAAACAGGCCAUAGAUCCAGGAGCCUUGAAAUCAGGUGUACAGAUAAGCACCCCCUCCCCCAUAUCAUGCAUGUGGACAAGGUGUUAAUGUAUACAGUACACAUAUGCUACUGUAGUGUAGCUUUACAUCUAUUUUAAAGUUCACAAAGUUCUGUUAAUUGCAAAAUCAAUUGAAAAAAUAGACAACAACACAUGAUCUGGAAGCAAACAGCUGAGACCUUUAAGUCCAGCAUAAACUGUCUGAGUGUAUUUUUCAUAGAAACAUAGAAUUUGACGGCAGAUAAGAACCACUUGGCCCAUCUAGUCUGCCCAUUUUUUUUAUCCUUUAGGUAAUCUCAACCCUUUUUGAACCUUAAUUCUUUGUAAGGAUAUGCAUAUGCCUAUCCCAAGCAUGUUUAAAUUGCUCUACAGUCUUAGCCUUUACCACCUCUGAUUGGAGGCUAUUCCACUUAUCCACUACCCUUUCUGUGAAAUAAUUUUUCCUUAAAUUUCCCCUGAACCUCCCCCCCUCCAGUUUCAGUGUAUGUCCUCGAGUUCUAAUACUUCUCUUCCUUUGAAGAAUGUUUCCCUCCUGAACUUUGUUGUGAGGACUCCGGGUUCAUGUGUGCAUUAUUCUCGCCUUUUGCUAUCUCUGCCUUGAGAAAGGCAGCGUUUAAAGCUCUGCACUGCAACCCGAGGUCGCUACUGAGUUCCCAAGAUCACACAGUUUUCCUCUUUUGGUUGUAAAUAAAAUAGGACAUCUCUAUUCUAUAAAGUUAAACAAGACUGCAUAGACCACAGAGUCUAUCAUUGGCUCUCUUUCAUCAGCAACACUAGCCCCAAUACAAAAAAUGGGGACAGAAACAUAGAUUUCAAGCUUCAAGGAGAACAUAAACUCAAGCAAAUUACCUUAUUAACAGUGCUUGAUCCCCAAGUGAGACAGACAAGUGCGAUACGGGGGCCAAUUCGGAACCUCUGGCCCAUUUUUUUAUAGAUAUCUACCUGAGCACAACAUUUGUACAAAAUUAGGACCCACCAGAGGGGGCUAACAGUGGAGAUACAUCCAAAAAACAGUCGCAUUCACAUUACUUGGAUCAGUUCCUAAAGCCCUGUGUGAAACAAAUGUGAAGCAUCUAUUCUGGCACCACAAACUUUCUAGUCUUCUUGCAAGAACAACCUCUCUAGAUGUAACCAGUCUGUAAACGUGCAUCCGACAUCACUAUGAAACUCUUGCUGUCCGAAACUUAAUUUACAACAAAGAAGACUACAAAGUUCUCAAUAGUGACUUCUUAGAACUACACCAUACAAUCUUGUCCAAAAUCAACUUCAUAAUCGAGGGGGAAUACUACCAGAUGUGGACAAAUACUGCAAUGGGUGCGGUGAUGGCUCAGGCAUAUGCACUUUUAGUAGUGUGACCAUCUACUCACUAAAAUAAUUAAAGACCCUUAUCCCAUAUUACUGCAGGUAUACAGAUAAUAUAUUCCAAAUCUGGAGAGGCCCCAUCACUAUAUUGGAGAAGACAUUGUCUAUUAUUAAUGCGUCUACUAGCUCAAUGAAACUAACCAUGGAACACAGCUAUAUCAAGAUUAAUUUUCUAGAUGUGAGUUACCUUCAAAGAUAAUACCAUUUGUACAUCUAUCCAUGUUAAAGAAACAGAUGUGAAGAGCAUACUGCUGGCAUCACCGAAGCGACUCUACUACUUGGAACAUCAAACAAAAAUGCAGACUGUAACAGAUUACCUAUCAUCACCCAAUAUAAUCACAGAUCCUCAGAAUUUUGAUCAUCAAUGAAACAACCAUGGCCACUUUUAACCACAGACACAUCCCUCCCGACUUGCCAGAACUCAAGACCACUGUUGAGCUACAUUAUAAACGAGAGCAACAUAACAUCAAGUCACUAUUUGUGCAUUCCUUACGAGACUCCCAUAAGGAACUUACUGGGAGUACACUUUUCCAUCAGAAUCUGGAACGUCCUUUUAACAUUGAGUAUUAUCUGAACUGCCUAAGCUCUUAUGUGAUUUAUGUACAUCUAUGUCCCUGUAGCUUACCCUAUGUUGGUAAGAUGGCCCUGCAAUGUUCAGCCAUCAAAUAGACUAUCACCAUGGUGAUGAGCUAUCAACUGGUUGCUAACAAAAUUAAAAACCCUGUCAACUCACUGAAACACAAAGCUAUUGACCACGUUCCAGCACCUGCCUGAGGAGAUGACCAAUCCUUGAUAAAGUACCAACCAAUCAGCAUCUAACUGUCAUUUCACAGGCUCUGUUUGAGAAAAUGACAAUAAAAAGCUAAUUGGUUGGUACUGGGGUCUAUUCAUGAAGCAGUGAAUAGGGUGUAGAAAUGAGCCAGUGGAGAAGUUGCCCAUGGCAACCAAUCAGCAUUGACGUAAAAUUUAUAAUUUGCAUAUUAUACAUUUGUACGGAGCAGCUGAUUGGUAGCCAUGAGCAACUUCUCCACAGGCUCACUUCUCCACCCUAUUCACUGCUUCAUGAAUAGACCCCUUUAUCUCUCUCCACUCUCUCCAAGCUUUGAUAGAUCUUGCCCUAAGACUGGAUUUUUACAUUAAAAACGUUUUGUCCAUCUGGACUACCAUAUUGACUUUUGAAUACUACCAUUAUGCUGAUAGUGAACUUAUUCUAAUAUGACAUUUUGGAUGGCUUGGUUCCUCCCCUGAACACCUCGCAACUUUGUUACACUGCUUUUAUUUUAUUUCUUCUCCAUGACAAUAAAGGAUGUUUCUCACUAUACAUCAUAAUGUAUAACAUAUUAAUAUUUUGUAAAAUAAUGCCCCUACAUAUAUUCUUAUUAUACAUAUUAAUUAUCUGGACGUAUACCUUUAAUUGUCUUUGACCGUAUAAUGCAUGAAUGUCAUAUUAUUAUUUAAUAUUUAACUUUCCUUUCCCUGUUCCUGACUAGACCAUCAAUCUAUUUGUUAAUUACUGAGUAUACAUUGUAUACUAUUCUAUUCUAUGUAUAUCACUCACCUCAUCCAGACAGAUAAAGUAGAAGACCAGCACUCACGUUCAGUGUAGGUAUGCAUGCAGAAUAGAGACCGAUACAUGCAGGGGCGGAUUGGGAACUUAAAAGUGGGGCCCUGGAAAUAUUUAUAGAAGUGGCCUCACAUGGGCAACACCAGAGGUAACCAUGGCGACAGCAUCAGCCCUCACAUGUCAACCAACAAGGCAGGCCUCGUAUGCGUAUGCCAGAGAAUAUGAAAAAACAGGGCUAGCUGAAAACCUGCUCUCCACUGUACGCCACUGUGGGGAGAGUCACAGUUAAGGUGAUCGGUACCACUGUCAGCACACAUCUACUGCUACCUAGGAUAUUUCUGUUCACCCUUCAAAAUGUUGCCGUGGGGCCCACAAAGUUCUGGCAACGCCCCUGCUGUAAGGCACACCACCUAAAUGAGGCACACAACAAUGUUCACAAGAUGCGGGCAUAGGUAACAGUAUACAGUAGGUAUAUGUACAUAUAUAUAUAUAUAUAUAUACACAUUUAUAGAGAGAGUCUGGCUGUUUUUGUUCUCCUGAGAGUGCCGUUCAUCCCAUGCUCUGCCUAUGUAUACUUUUGGGCACCGGGAGCUGCUGCUGAACACUUGCUUUUUCUUUAUUUUUCAUGAUUUUUAGGAUUAGGCACUAGGGGAAGGGCUACGUUUAGGGUAUGGGUUAAAAUUACCCAAAAAAAUGAAUAUAUGACAAAAAUAGAGAUUCAGAAACAUAAUAGGAUGAAAGUGCAUCUUGUAUCAGAAAGUAAACAUGAGGGUACAUGGUGGAGUAUACCAGAUUUGUCACAUAUAACAAGUUAGGAUAAUUAAUGAGUAAAGAUGAAAUACACUCUGAUCAAAGAGGAAAAAAUAUUGUAUAACCACAUAUACAGUAUACUGUGGGAACAUACCCUAGAUUAUAUCCUCAAUGUGCACCCUUUGUCUGCAUCUGCAUAAGGCCAUUGCAAAUAGUUUCUGAGUGUAGACUAAUGCCAGUCUGCUGUUCCUGUGUGAAUUUGUUGGCAGGAAUAGCAGAGUGUAACUGGUAUUGGGGUAAUGGGUCUGUGAAGGAUUUGGCAUCAGUGCCACAAGUGCACAAUAAGGUGCUCUCCAAUUCGUAAUUAAAAUGUAUAUGAUUCUUUAAAAAAAAAUAUAUAUAUAUAUAUAUAUAGUGGUAUUUUGGACGCUAUCAUUUGUGGACGCAGUAACAGUUGGAGGGUUUUUACUCCUCUUAUUCCUCUCGUCUAACUCUCCAGGCUCUCUUUCCAUUUCUCUUAUCUCUCCCCCAUCUCCCCUUAUUCCUCCUCUCUCUCUCCCUCUCUCUCUCUCUCAGCUCACUCUAUACCACUCCUCUCUCUCUACUUCGCCCCUUCAUCCUUCUUCUCUCUUCCUCCCAUCUCGUCCUAAUCCUCCCCCUCUCCACAGUUAAUAAUUGUCUCUAAUUAGAUCAUAUUUAAUAUUAUACAUUAAUAAUGCAAACUUUCAGUAAUAAGUACAUGCUCAAUUAGCAACAUGCAAGAUAUAGCAUGCAGAUAUAUUAAAUUAAUUUUAUUUAUUUAUUUAUUUAUUACCAGUUAUUUAUAUUGCGCACACAUAUUAUGCAGCGCUUUGCAGAGAAUAUUUUGGCCAUUCACAUCAGUCCCUGCCCCAGUGGAGCUUACAAUCUAUAUUCCCUACCACAUGUGUACACACAGACACAUUCACACUAGGGUUAGUUUUGUUGGGAACCACUUAACCUACCAGUAUAUUUUUGGAUUAUGGGAGGUAACAGGAGUACCCGGAGAAAACCCACGCAAGUAUGGGGAGACUAUACAAACUCCACACAGUUAGGGCUGUGGUAGGAAACAAACUCAUGACCUCAGUGCUGUGAGGCUGUAAUGCUAACCAUUACACCGUCCAUGCUGGGUAAUCAGAUAUGGCAGAUGUCAGAGGGUGUAUCAAGUAUCGCAUAUUCUGUGCAAUAUGUUUCACCUCCUAUUGAAUGUAUACUGGUAUUAAUGCCAUAUGCCUGUUUACUUACCUUCCAGGACAGCUCUUCCUGGGGGGAAAACAUAUGUGGACAGGUUUAGCAUAGCUGCUACUUCUAAGGUAGCAGCAGUGAUGCACAGAUAUGGUAAUGCAGGACGUGGUGUCUGGUAUAAGUAGAUGCCUCCUGCAUGCAUGUGCGAUCCAGUGUUGUAUCCGAGGAUACAGCAUCAGAUUACCAACAUUGCAGGACCCAUACAUCACAUGCACAGCAGCACAGAACAUUACGUGCUCUUUGGAGAUCCAUCCACAUCUGAAUCACCCCCUCCGCCAAUGUCAAAUUGUCCUGGUAAAGUACUGGCUUCUGGGUUUAUGACCCAGGAGUCUUACUGUACAUGCUUCCCUCUGACAGCAAGCUGCUGGGGAAUAGAGAAUGAUCCACUGGAUCUCUCUCCAGGGACUCCUUACCGUAGAAAGCCAUUAGGCAUCUAUAGGCAAUGUUGUCAUCUAUUGAUAGCAUUGCCUAUCUGGCAGAAGCUCUGGAAAGUCUGGAGCUUACUGCAUAUGGGCACACUACAGCCUCAUAGAAUCCUAUGGGGUUUGCUGUGCUGGCAGUCCAUAAGAAUGGCAUUUUUUUGUGGUUUGGCGGCAUUUUCUAGAUUGAUACAGCUUGCCUAGAAUGAUAAUACUUCCCUAACAGUACAAUUGUAUGGAAUACAUAGAGGUAGCAGGUGCUGUCAUGGUCUGUAUGUGGUGGCAGCCUAUGCAGUAAUCCAUCUCCAUUUCUCCUUGCGGUGCUGCAAGUGAUUGGUUGCUGUGAUGUACAGUAGUAUGUAACUCUAGCAAGUAUGACAUCUUGCAGCGGUGAUAAGCCCAUUGGAAUGCUGUAUUCCAUUGCUCAGGCUCGUCUAUUCGCGAAGCAGCUGUAGGAAGUUGUUAGCAACGGGCAUGCCAGUGUACUUUACACGUGUUUUGUUAUAAGCUUAUGUAUGGUAAAAAGGUACCAUUUACUCUGUAAUAUACAAUCCUCCCAUGCACAUAAGGCAUGGGUACGGGAUGCAGUCAAGAUCCCAGCAGAUCAGUCAAAUACAGACAGUGGAAUCCUAAUCGGUUAGAAUCCCAAUGGAUCCUUGGUUCAAUUUAAGAUUAGGCACUAGAUUGAGAAUAGGGGAAGGGUUAGGAUGCAGGGGUUACAGUUAGGGUUAGGCUGCGGGGGUGGUUAGGGUUAGGCUGCGGGUGGUGGUUAGGGUUAGGCUGUGGGUGGUGGUUAGGGUUAGGCUGUGGGGGUGGUUAGGGUCAGGCUGCGGGAGCAGACGGAUAGGGUUAGGUUGCUGGAGAGGUGGGUUAGGGUUAGGCAUAGGGGUAAGGGUAGGGUUAAAAUACUUACCAAGAUCCACCAGAAUAUUGACCAUUGGGAUGCCGCUGCCUGCAUCCUGACCGUUGGGAUUGCUGAGUGCUGGGAUUUACCCUACGCCUAUGUACAAGUAGUGGUAUCUCUGUAGUGCAGGUUAGCUUUAGGUGUUAAUAUAGCUGCAGUGCUGGGGUAUUUGUGGGUGUAUUUCUACCCUCACCACAUGUGCUUGUCCUACCGAGUCUGCAUUAUUGCUGUAUGCUGUUUAUAGAAAUGUCAAUGUUAUAUUGUACUGUACUUGUGAUAUGCUAUUAUGGAUAUUCCUUGUACGUUGCUGCACACACUUUGUCACGUUUUAAAAAUAAAAGAUAAUAUUAAUGUA